UUGGCUCUAUCAUUCAUCUUCUUCUUCUUCUUUGCACACUCGCCUGCAGAGUGGGACUCUUACGUCACCUAGAUCGCUGUCUCUGUGUGUGUUUUUGUGUGUUUGUCACCGCUGUUGAUUCCGCCUUGUCGGUGAGAAGUCCACACUCACCGAAGACCAACAUGCUGAUCUUUGUGGCGCUGGCGUCCCUCCUCUUCCUGGCCACAGUGCCCGAGCCGUCCCAGGCCAUCGUGAUUUACACGGGCUGGGAGCGCCACGCCCUGGUGGGCACCGAGGUGCGGCUCUCCUGCUCCUUCUUCUCCUGGCGCUGGACCUCCGAGGACGUCACCUUCUCCUGGACCUACAGACCUGACGGGUCCAGGGACAGCAUCUCCAUCUUCCACUACACGGGCGGCAUGGCCUACGUGGACAACAAGGGUCCCUUCAGGGACCGGCUGGAGUUCGUGGGGGACCCGAGCCGCCGUGACGGCUCUAUUAUGCUCAAGAACUUGGAGUUCAGCGACAACGGAACGUUCACCUGCGACGCCAAGAACCCGCCCGACAUCGUCGGACGGCCCUCCAACGUGCGCCUGCUCGUCUUUGAGAAAGUGCCGAUCCAGGCGGGCGUGAUCACGGGUUCCAUUGUGGGCGCGGUGCUGGGCCUGCUGCUGCUCAUCGUGGUCAUCUACUACCUGAUGCGCUUCCUGGUGGCGCGCCGCGUCUUCAGCCUCAGCGUCAGCAAACACGGCAAGAAAAAGAAGGAGGGAUCACAGCAGAGACAGGGCCCCGCGCCAGCGGCCGACCCUGCCAAGCUGAAGGCCUCGGAGAAGAAGAAGCAGGAGUCCCGCAAGGAUCGCAAAUAGGAUACGGGGCGGGGCCGGGGCGCGCUCCUUGGACGGCUGCUCCGGCCCGGGCAGGAGGGGGGGACGGGUGGCGGAGGGGCGGCGGCAGCAGGAGAGGAUGCCGCCGGGCGGGUGCUAAUGACCAUCGAGCUGGAGCUGACCCGCAAGAACGGCGAGGAGGGCCUGGCUGGUGGCCCCUCCAAAGCGCCCAGCCUCCUUUCUCAGUUCGCCCGGCAGCUCGCCCUCAAAUAAGCGGGGCUCUCGUGGGGGUGGGAGGAAUACCAUCUGUAAUAAACAAGUCUAAUCGUAUCCGCAUCGAAUGAGAUUUAUGGUCCUGAAGUCAUUGUUAUCGAGUCCCGGCCUCGUUUUGAUAACAACGCUGCCCCGUCGCGUGUGCGCAGGGGCGCCGUACUGUCCCCUGCCCCCCACCCUUCAAAUGUUUCAACAUUCUCUUCUAACCACUAUGUCCUCUCUCUUUCUCUCUCUUACUCCCUGACCCUUCUUCUUCUUCUCUUCUUAGAUAAAGGUCUGACUCCUCCGUGACGCCUCCACCUCUCUAGUCUGCCUGACGCACCCCCACUUGUCCUUUCCCCUCAGUCGUCAUUACUUCCCAUUAUCUCUCCUCCUUUAAGACAGGCUAUAGGAAGAAUAGACGCCCCCACCCCCUGCACCCGCUCUUUCAGUGGUUGUGUCAAAUAAUUUCCUCACAGGAGUCCCUUUAUGCACUCACCGGGUGACGCGUAAAAAAAGUGUUUAAGGCCUAACAACCCUCGUAAUCGGCGCCGCAGGAGCUCUACAGACGCCCCACGGGCCGGUCCGCAGCCUCCUGAAUCUUCUUGCCUUUAUGACUCAAUCUGGCGGAAACCACGUGACGAGGACCAGGCCAGACCUCGGGGCAGCAUCGAAAGAGAUAUGAUUCCUGUCCUUUUUAAGAUGAAGUAGUCUUCUUAUCACGAGAUUUUAUUUUGGGAGCAAAGUUGGAAUCCGGCAAGUAUAGAGUUGUAUUUUUUUUCAUUUAAAAACAUUUCAAUAAUAAGUCAUAAUUUGGGGGAAAAGGCAUAUUACAACCUGUAUUUUUCAAGAUUAAAGGCAUAUGUCAAAACAUAGUUAAUACAAAUAAUCUGAGAACAACUAAUAUAUUUUUUCAAGAAAAAAAUAUUGGUCAAAAAGUUGUAAUUUUAAAGGAACAAAGUUGUAUUUUUUUCAAAGUGAGAAGUCACAUUUUUGGGGGAGAAAUCAGAAUCAGAAUCAUCUUUAUUUGCCAAGUAUGUCCAAAACACACAAGGAAUUUGUCUCCGGUAGUUGGAGCCGCUCUAGUACGACAACAGACAGUCAAUUUACAGAACACUUUGGGGACAGAAAGACAUUGACAAAAAACAAUUGUGCAAAAAGAUGCAGAGUCCUCUAGCACUUAGAGCAGUUCGAAUGACUAAUAUUGCAAUAGUCCGGUGCCAGUAUAAAAUUGUAAUGAUGGGGAAGAAAAUACAAAUAUUCCAAGAACAAAAGUUUUAUUUGUUUUCCAAAAAAUGUUGGACAUUUUGGGGGAUUUUUGGGGAUAAAGUCAUAUUUUUGGCACGAUAAAAAUGAGUUCUUUUAUUGGGGUGGGGGGCGAUAAUAAAGAAUAAUGCAUAUUUUGUCAUGGAUUUUUUUUUUUUCCAGAAAAUGAAGUCAGACUUCUCCAGAUUAUUAUUAUAUUUUUUUAUAUUUUUUUUAAAUAAUAACUCAUAAUUUUACGGUAACAAAGUUGCACCCUUUCAAGUUAAAAAGUCAAAUACUAUGAGAAUAAAGACAUCUUUUCUAUUUUUGGGGAUAGGUAAAAAUUAAAUUUGACUUUUUCCUCGAUAGAAAUGCAACAAAAUUGCAACAAACACGUUGGACUUUGAGUUGGCGCUGUCUAGUCCCGGCCUGUUGGAAGACGGCGGUACUGAGCCCUCCUCUGGCCCCUGAUGGACGUUAAUGGCAUCUAUUUCUGGCCGCCUGUACUGUAACAGCUGCGCAUUUCUUGGGGGAGUUAGCGGGUCGGUGUUGGGCGGUGGUGGGUAUGAUUUAGGGUCCGCCGUUUCGCCUGGCAGGUUGGCGACUGACUAGCACGGAUGACGUCAAGGGGCUGUCGGGCGGGCGGCAGACGCGAGCUACUUAAGACGGGACCUUCCUCCUUUUUUCCAAACAUCUCGCUGCCAUCCCUCCAUUCCUGUGUCCUCGUGCAAUCUUUAGCUUUUAUCUCCUUCUGCUUCCUGUCGUCUGGCGGCCCCGCAGAAUAGGAGUCCACACAAUCCACUACACACGUUAAGCCUCUCCUUAUCGGACUUCCAGCUCCCUCCUCCCUUUGCCUCCCUUCGCUUGACCUACAAAAAACCCCACUCCCCCUUCACUCUCCCGGGGACCCAUGCGGUCCUCGCCAUCCCGCUCUCCUUCCUCUGACCCUCCUACUGUCUUUUGUUCAAAUGCCAAGACGCUCACCUCUGCACCCGACUGGCAAAGGAAGGUUCUAUGUAGAGCCACAUUUCCAUCAGGAGGUCUAGUUGUUGUUGGCAGGUGAAUCCUGAUCUGGUUUGUGUUUUUUUUUCUUUUUCUUUUUUUUCCUUUUGGUGUGCUAGGCACUUGCAUAAAACUUCCUAUAGGACACACAGCCUGAGUGAAAACGCGCAAACAAAAAGGCGCAAACAAAAAUAUUCUUUAAGGACAAACAGCCUCUGUUGUUAUCUUGUAUGUUUUUGCAACACCUCAAUAACUGAAAAUUUUAAUCAGAUAUAUGCAAACAUAAAAUUUGGUAAAGGACAAAAAGCCUCUAUUGUAAUGUAUGAUAUUUUGUUUUUUAGCUACACCUCAAUAACUGAAAACUUUAGCGAGCUAGACGCAGCGACAGGAUUGGAGUGGACACUUGUUGCUAGGCAAAAUAUUGUCUUUUGUGGCCGCUUGGGGCAGGAGGCUAAACUGCCCAGCAACUAAUAAUAGGAAAAGGAGCGUUGAUAGCAAAUUCAGGAACAUGUCAAUAAUUGACGACUGGUUGGUAGCAAUUUUAGCAGGAACCUUAGCGGCAACGUUUAGUGGCAAAAUUAGUGGCAACAAGCACAACUGGCUUGUUUGGAUUAUUUUUUGACUUUCGCUUGCUAGGCAGAAAUCCUUUGCAACCCCAAGCAAAAAUGUUCAACCCGUUGGGGCAGAGGGCUGAGCUGCCCCACACAUAGCAGAAAAAAGGAGAAGCGGAUGUGGCAGAAACUUCAGGAUCACUUCAACAACUGAAAACUUUACCAGCGACUAUCACAACCAACUUGACUGGAUUCUUCACUUUGUUGCUAGGCAGAAUUGAACGGGAAAGAACGUCCGUAACACCUGAACUGCGAAAAUUUAAGAUAGCUCGGCACUUCGAUGAGAUAAACCUACUUGAUUGGACGCUUUCUUUACUUUUCUUGCUUUGUUGCCAGGUAAAAUUACAUCCAAAAUUUAGCCCAGUCACGUUUGCUACGCCGAUUGCUUGGCAGCUCAGGGCAGAAGGCUUUGCUGCCCCACACGCAGAGACGGAGAGUUGACAGGAACCUUGGGAAAACCCCAACAACCGAAAACCUUAGCUACCUAGACGCAAAGACAAGAUUGUUUAGAUUAUUUCAUGACUUUUGUCACCUUGUUGCUGGGCAGAAUUCUGCCGAGGCCAAAUUCUUUGGGCAGAGUGCUCCGCUGCCCCACGCAUUGUUUAAAAAGGUGAGGCAGUGUCCGGCAAGAACAUUAAGAACAUCGCAACAACUGAGAACGUGACAAGCUCAACCAACUUGAUAGGUUGUUUUCUAGACUUUUUAACUAGUUGCUAUGCAAAAUUCCCCCUAGGCUGUAUCUGUUUGGGGCAGAGGGCUUUGCUGCCCCACACAUAGAGAAUACAAUAGAGAGGGAGAGGCGGCAGGAACAGGAACUCAGACCAGGAAUUGACAUGGGAGACGUUUAUGUCGAGCUUUGGUAUCAAAACCAGUAGCGACCAUUUGUUUUGCUACCCUUCACAACUUUAGACAGUGGAAACGCCAAGAAUUGCGUGCCGUACUGGAACCGAACUAUGCUACUUGGUGGAAACACGGUUCAUGGUACAGUAUAUGCUAUGCUAAGCUAAGCGUCAAACCAACAAUGUUAGCCUACGUAGAGCGAUAUAAAGUUUUCAGGAUGGCUGCACAUUCUUUGCCAGGUCUUGGUUGGUUGGUGGUCUUCAAAGGUGCUCCCCUGUCCCCCAAAAUAAACCAAACCACAAGCCAAACGGUGGCUCGGCAGACGUCGAGCUUGUGAAUGGCCGAGACUUGAAUGUUCCUUUUGAAAAUUCCUAGCUAUUUGGAAUGUUCCUGCUUGUAGUAAUCUUAUUAAAACACUGUAUAUUUUAUGAAUUGUAUUAGAAGCGAUCUAACAUUCCCUCAUUUGAAUUGACUGUAGCCUCAUGUUUUUAUUUAAAAAAAAAAAAUUUUUUUUUUUUACAUUUAUUUAAUGUAACGAUUGUCGCAGCUCUAAUUGAAUGUGUAAUAUGUUGUAAAAAGAACGUGAAUAAAACAUUU